CUGCCCUGAUAAAGACCAUCCUACCCGUUCCAAACACACUGCAAAGUCUCCCCCCCGAGCACCACCCACAACCCUAUCACCCAUAUACACAUACAGCCCACUAUGGAGGACUCAAACGAAUAUGAGCGGCUCCGUCAAGAAAACAUUCUGAAAAACAAAGAGCUACUCCUGCGACUCCGACUGGACGCCGCCUCUGUCGGUACCACCAAAAGAGCCGCAAUAUCGUCCAGCGGCAGCGCUAGCAAACCGAAGAACCGAAGCGUGAAGAAAGAGCUCCAAAGUCCUUUGCCGACAAGAAAGUCUUCUCGCCUUGCCGGUUUGCCAGCAGAUUCUGAGGUCGCUAAAAGAAAGUACGAGGAGGGUGUUGCUGCUCUUCAGGAGGCAGAGAAGGCCAAGAGGGCGAGGGUCGCUGGAGAUCUAAGCUUUGAAAUUCGACAAGGUUUGAUUGACGUUACCAAGAGCGCCAGGUUUGAGAGGACAUUUACAGACGAAAAUGUCAAGGAAACCACGGAUAAGGAUCUUAGAGCGAUGAGGCAGGAAAUGAUGGGGUUGAGGCUUUACGACCAGCACCUUCCGAAUGGCAAGUUAACCAAAGAAGCAAAAAAUCUACAAAACCUUCAGACCCCACCACCGCAACGAAUUCCUCCAUUAACUAUUUCUGAUUUAGAUGGGAACCCUCGUCAAUAUAAAGUGCACUCUCGAACAAUAUCCACCUUUACUUUUGAUCCUAUCUCUGCCACAAGCCUUUACACAUCUUCCUAUGACGGGAGUGUACGAAAGUUCGAUCUGGCCACUGGUGUGGCCUCUGAGGUUUUUGUCGCAGAAGACGGUGAUGCCUUGAGUGGUGUUGAAGUUCACGAUACCAACAUUCUUUACUUUUCCACAUUAGACGGUCUUUUCGGCAGACGGGAUCUAAGGCAGAGGGAGACAGACAUAUGGACUUUGCAUGAGAAGAAAAUAGGAGGCUUUUCCACCCACCCACGUGCCCCUCACCUUGUCGCUACCGGUUCUCUAGACCGCACCCUCAAAAUCUGGGACCUUCGAAAAGUCGUCAAAACAUCCGAAUACCGAACUCUCGCGUUAGUAGCCGAACACCCCAGCAGACUAAGCGUCAGCUGUGCUCUUUGGUCUUCAACCGGAAGCCUAGCCACAACCUCCUACGAUGAUACUAUUAAGAUCUAUAAAUUCCCUGACGCCGUUAGAUGGGUUACCAUCCUUCGUGCCCAAUGGCAGCAAGCACCCCCCAACGGGCAGCAAAAGCUCGUCAUAGCAAAUAUGAGCAGAUUCCUAGACGUCUACUCCGAGAACGGCGAGCAACUAGCCCAACUAUCACACGAGAGCGUUACGACUGUUCCUGCGGCAGCCCAAUUCCACCCGACCCGGGAUUGGAUUGCUGGCGGAACUGCCAGCGGUAAGGUGGUCCUAUUCGUUUAG